AUGGAUUUGAUAGUUGGAACACAGGAAGACGAAGAGGUGGAGGAGGUUAGAGAAGAAUUACUGGGGGUAACCUGUGCUAAGUGCUCUCAUCUGACAUGUCACGAUAAUGUGCAGGAACCAGAGUCGGUCACCGAACUACGCCGUACCUCGCGGUCUCCCUUAAUACUUCGUGGGGGAUGGAAUUCAAGGGGGUUCCUUACGUUCGAUGGUCGUACUUAUGUGCCAGACUACGCCGAUGCUCGACUAAAGAUCAUGAAGAUGCGACAUGACUCGGUUCUAGCUGGUCACCCAGGCUCAGCGAAGACUCUCGAGCUAGUCCUACGGGACUACGUUUGGGUGGGAGUAAGAAAGGAUGUCGAAGAUUACAUCGCUGGAUGCGCGGUAUGUCAGAGAGCAAAGACUAACAGACAGAGAUCCCAUGGAGAGCUUAAACCACUGGAGGUGGCUACGAAGCCAUGGUCCAGUAUUUCGAUGGAUUUCAUUGAAGAGCUCCCUAAUUCCCAUGGAUACAAUUCCAUCUUAGUAGUAGUGGACCGGUUGACCAAAUGGGCCAUUUUUAUCCCAACUACGACGAAGUUAACCGCAGCUGGCCUAUCAGAGUUGAUAAUGGACUAUGUGGUGGCUCAGCAUGGAUUACCGGAGAACAUAGUAUCGGACAGGGGAUCGAAGUUUACCUCGAAGUUUUGGAAGAACUUGACCGAUAGUCUCGGGAUAAGACUACAUCUUUCUACUGCGUACCAUCCACAGACUGAUGGGCAGACCGAACGAACCAAUCAGUCCUUGGAACUAUACCUUAGAAUCUUCACUUCUUAUCAGCAGAACGAUUGGUCGAAGCUACUAGCUCGAGCUAGUUUCGCCUACAAUAACACCCACCAUUCCGCGAUUAAUAAGACACCAUUCUAUGCGAACUAUGGAUAUCAUCCUCUGUGGGCGGAAGAGAUCAAGGCCAGUGAAGUCGAAGUACCCGCUGCUACGGUGGUGGUGAAAGACUUGACUGAAAUACACAAGGAUUGUAUCGAAGGAAUUGAGAAAGCUAAUGAGAGGUACGCCGAAGGAUACAAUAGGAAACACCGGGCUACGCCGAACUUCGUGGAAGGAGACCUAGUGAUGCUGUCGUUAGAGAAUAUUAAGACGAAGAGACCAAUGAAGAAGUUAGAUGUUAAGCAAAGUGGGCCGUACAAAGUAGUACGGCAGGUGGGUUCUCAUGCUUGUAAAUUGGAACUACCAGGAACAAUGGCAGGUAUCCAUGACGUAUUCCAUGUCUCCUUGCUCCGUCCUUAUCAUCCUCCAGUAUUCCCUGGUCAGCAAGCUGAACCACCUGGCCCAGUAGAGGUAGAUAAUGUAGGGGAAUCGUGGGAGGUAAAAGACAUUGUAGACUCUAGAGUAAAUAAGAGAUCAGGAAAGUUAGAGUACUUGGUGGAGUGGUUAGGUUACGAAGGAACAGACGACUCAGUAUCAUGGGAACCAGUGGAGAACGUCGAUGGAGCUGACGACAUAUUGGCGAAGUUCCACGAACUUCACCCUACUAAGCCGAAGGAAGGGCGACUGCGAAGGGCUAGGAGAUAG